GGCAGCCGGGUUCAUUUACCCUCCUGUCAGGCAAAGGGAACCAUUCAAAAACAGGCAAUGGCUGAGGACUGUCCAAAAAGCAUGACCAUUGGCUUUUGUGUAUUUGUCCUGUUUUCCACCCUCCAUGUCUCACUGAGUGUAGAAAUGACAGGGUUAUUUGGCAACUUUACCUCCCCUGACUUCCCCGAUCCGUACCCUGACAACAAGCACAUAGUGUGGAACAUCACCGUACCACAGGGCCAGCGGAUUAAACUUUACUUCACCCACUUCAGCAUGGAGCCCUCAAACCAAUGUGAAUAUGACUACAUUCAGGUUUUGGCAGAGGGAAACGAAACUUUACGGUUCUGCGGUGAGGAAGAAAAGAACCACGAAAGCACCCCCAGGAACACCGUCAUCCUGUCAGCUGGGAACCUCAUGUCAGUGGUCUUUAGGAGUGACUACUCUAACGAGGGCCGAUUCACCGGCUUCCAAGCAUUUUACACCUCAGAAGACAUCAAUGAGUGUAUGUCCAAGGUUGAUGGGGAGAAAAUGUGUGAUCAUUUUUGCCACAAUUACAUUGGAGGCUAUUACUGCACGUGCAGACAAGGAUACCUUCUCCAUGACAACAAAAGAUCCUGCACAGUGCCCUGCCAAAGGCAGGUGUUAUCGUCUCCAUCUGGGGUUCUGACCAGUCCAAACUACCCAAGCCCUUACCCACCCAUGAGCCAGUGUGACCACACUAUCCGGCUACCAGAGGGCUCCAGAAUAAUCCUAGACUUCCCGGAACCCUUUGACAUAGAGGGACACCAAGACGUACCCUGUCCGUAUGAUAUGUUGAAGAUCUCAACAGCAGGACAAGAGUACGGACCCUUUUGCGGGCCAACACCACCUGGCCGCAUCGACACAGGGAGUUAUGAAGUGCACAUCGCAUUCAGAUCUGACUCCACUGGGAAAAACAAGGGAUGGAAGAUCAAGUACACCAGCAUCAAAGCCAAGGCUCUCGCUUUAAAUUAGAAUUUGUCUGAUUUUCUUGAAUGUUUGUCCUUGGUGCAAAUAAAGCAAUAUUUGACAAUA